UAUCGUGUGGCCACAGAAGAGUAAAAUUCACCGGAAGAACUUCCUCUUCUCUUCGAGUUCUACUUCUGAGCGUCGACAAAGAAAUUCCAACAGAACAAGAAUUUCAAGAAGUGAAAACUAACGCUUUACCCUAUCUAUCAGACGUCCAGCAUGCUCUAGAAGAAAGAUGGAGGCCAACGUAUUGUUUUUUCGUAGGAAGCACCGUUGAGAGAUUUGGCAUCCCAAUAAUCUCGCGAGAAGUAGGAGGCUUCGUAUCGGAACCCUUAGAUUCAUUAUAUGCCGACCUUGACGUGAUGUUUUGCUGUUCGGGAGUAAAAGCUUCUUUUUCUGAUCAAGGUGACGUUCGCGUUGAGCCAUUUAUCAGUGGAAGGGAAGGCUUCACGGGAUAUGCACAGCUUGUCUUAACUCCUAGCGCCGAGGUUGUAAAUUCAACCCUUAACGUACGACAGGCCUAUCGUGCUGUUCGACUCAUGCCCGUGGACAAUCUACCCAGAAGAAAAUGCUGUUAUGACACAAACGAACUCGACCCUGUGCACGUGGUCAGCUUUAGCUCCAGAGGACCCGCUAUGAAGCUUCGUAUUGCUCCUCGUUUCGAGGCUGACUUUACCAUUUGUAUCCCUUGCCCUGAGUGGCCUCCAAUGAGUGAUUGGUCCUCUCGUCUAAGGCACUGGCCUGGUGCAACCGAUGUAGAGAGAAUUAUGUCGCUUGGCUGCCAUCUCGUGGCCAAACCAGCACCAAGCGACAAGAAUAAAACAAGCUGGCGAUUCUCGUUUUCCCUUGCAGAGGUGGAGCUUUCUAAACUUGUCUCAGAUACAGCGAGAAAAUGUUUCUUNGCUCUCAAAAUUAUCCUGAAAGACCAUCUUCAACCCGUGUUACCUAAACUUACUUCUUAUCACAUCAAAACUAUUUUCUUGAAUACUCUUGAAAAGGUACCAGUUGGUUUCUGGGUGGAGGACAAUAUAGAAGAAUGUUUCCUGACAUUACUAACGGAGCUUCGAGAUGCUUUGCAGUUCAGGAAUUGUCCCCAUCACUGGUUUAGCUCUGUCAAUUUGUUCGAAUCAGAAGAUUCGUGCUUUUGCAUGAACACCAUGAACUUCCUGCCUUUAGCGAAGAAAGUAGAAAGAAUUCUGCGGGACCCUGCUCCAUUUAUUUUGGACGAUGGAUGCUGUUGUCUUUCACCGUGCUGCUGUCCGGUACUGCAUCCCAUAUUUACUCGACGAACCAUCGAUCAACUUUGGACAGUUUAUAAGGAGAUCCCGUUUUCUGUCGAUGGCCAUGGAGACCCACCGGUUGGCUAUCAUGCUGACCAAUCAUCUCCUGAAUUCUCAUCUCCAAGAUCUGAAGCUCAUCUUCACGACAGAAGUUUUUUUGAACACGAGAAAGAACAAGUUAUCACUUCUGAACCAGUUUGUCUGUACCCAAGUAAACCUGGAGACAAAGAGUUCCUUUUUAGCGUGUAGGACAUUCACCUCCACUCAAAGAUCAUGUGAUAGCGUUAUUUAAGUAGAACUGCUGUUUCAGACAGACUAAGCCGGACAACUUUUUCUCAGAUGUCUUCGCGUCAAUCCUGAUUGAGGACAAAACUAGCUCACAUUACUUGGCCAAACUUGAAGAACCUUCUUUUUUUUUUUUAAUUGUUUUACUAGUUGAUAAUUUUUUAAUCUAUUCCAAGCUAUUUUUUUUAACCUCACUCAGCCUUCUUACUUUACUAACUAGCAAGGUAGUUGAAAACAAGUGUGAAUACCGUCUUAAUUUCGGUCUUCUAUAAAGAACAUUACCGUAAAGAACCGUUUGGUUCUCAAUUUCGCUAAGCAUGCGCAGCUAUUGACCUAGUGUCAUACUCCACAGCGUAAUUGUGUAUGUAUUACAGAACUCAGCCUCAAAACAAAACAAAAAACAAAAAACAAAACAAAAAAAAUAUUUAAAAAACCUCCGAUAUU